AUGGUUACCCAAGGAGAUUUGACUGUGAUGAUAAUUGGAACGAUGAUUCUGUGCAUUGGAAUUCUUCUCAACGGGCUCACAUUUUUCAUGCUUCAACGUGUAGAAUUGAAUUCCCUUCUCACUGCCUGGCUCUAUCGCACACAACCAAUACUGGAUGCCAUAUGUUGUGUUGGUGGUAUGAUCAUGUUCUGGAUCAACGAGUUGGACCGUUCCACAGAAUGGAUUGCUCGAACUGUAUGCUACAUAUGGCGCGAUCAGUUUCCCUUGUGGUUUUUCGUUGUCUGGGGUCAGGCGAAUCUAACGUGGAUUACCAUGGAUCGAUUGUGGGCCACGGUUUACUAUGUCACAUAUCGGCGAUACCAGAAGCGCUAUCUCAUCGUGUGUACUGUGGGAUCGGUCGUCUAUUCCCUACUACUCAACGUUCCGUCCACACUGUACGUGAGAUACAAUAAUGGGACAUGUGAAACAUCUGCGGAAGAUACGGUCACUGUAGAGGGAACACGAGUUCAGUUGAACUCUAUUUACUGGUUCUUCGCGUACUACUUACUUCCAAUGGUCACCAUGUUUGUGGUCUAUAUACGAGUUGUGUAUUUCCUCCGACAUAUCCGCACCACACACAGUGUAAGCAAUUUAGACACGACAGAGCAACAGCAACAAAAACAACGCAAUACAAAUAUGCUAAAUCCCGUUUAUCAAUCAUUGUCAGUGGCUACAUUCGGUUUCAUCAUUUCCCUACUAUUGACCCACACAGUUGAUACGCUCUAUUAUCUGAUCGGGGCUAAUUUAAAUUUGGGUUAUGAAUACGGUGCAAGCAUACAAAUGAUUAGUGUGUUUGUGACCACUUUGAGCAGUAUCUUAAAUCCACUUGUGAUUUUAUUCUCCCUUCCCGCCCUUCGUAAAACGUUAACCAGUUGUUGUAUUUCUGCCUGGACAUGCACUAUUCUUCCAUAUCGUGGUCGAAAUAAGUGUGUUGAAAAGCUCAGACAGAAAUUCAAUACAAUCGUCAGUUUGGUGAACAUGUCUGAUCGUGGCAAGAAACAGACUCAUGUCCUCGCGUGUAACGACGACAAGAGGGGCUCGCAUUCUCCAUAG